UAAAAAAAUUGUUACUCACUUAAAAAACUAAACUCGACCAGUUUUUGGAUUAAAUUACGUGAAAUUGCAACAAGCCGAUGAUAUUCUAAUUUAAUUUCGUAGAAUUGAUAAUUGAGUUGGGGAAUUUGUGAUCGUGUCCUUGCGUUAGCCACCUUUCUUUGCCAUUGCACCCAAAACAUUUAGGUUAAGUCGACUCAAGUGAAUAUUACAAAUAUUGAAUAUUAUGGCAGAUGCAAAAAAGGUAAGUGUGGUAUUGGAAUACAAAGACAGUUUGAAGAAAGAAGCCGAAGAGUUGCUCCUCAAGGGGUUCCCCGCGACCAUAGUCAAACUCAACGCUUUGCUGGAAACCCCCCAGUUCAAAAACCGGAAAUUCACCGACGUGCACCAGGAGUUGAACAUCCCGGUGCCAGACCCCAUUUUGCUCAACAGCCACACCGACUUGCCCCCCGCCAAGAGGGCCAAAUUCGACAACAGCCUCCCCCAGGAUGGGACCAAGGUCAUGGUGCUGCCCAGUGGCGCCGUCCCCACCAACAAGCAUCUGGUGGAGCUGGUGGAGUUGGUGAAGCCCCACAUCCGGAAGCUCGUCGAGGACUCCAACACGAUGAAAAUGUGGAUUUCGUUCAUGAUCCCCAAGAUCGAGGACGGGAACAACUUCGGGGUCUCCAUCCAGGAGGACACCCUCGCCGAGGUGCAGUCGGUGGAGUCGGAGGCGGCGGCGUUUUUCGACCAAAUCUCGAGGUAUUUCAUCUCGAGAGCCAAGGUCAUCUCCAAAGUGGCCAAGUACCCCCACAUAGAGGACUACAGAAGGGCCGUCCAGGAGUUGGACGAGAAGGAGUAUUUGAGUUUGUGGUUGGUCAUGUGCGAGAUUAGGAAUCGGUAUUGCGCCCUACAUGACAUUGUUAUUAAAAAUCUCGAUAAAAUCAAGAAACCACGUUCCACUAACGCCACCGAAUCUUUGUACUAAAAACAGAUAAAUAAAAACAUCAUUCGUAAUUUUAUUGAUUUUGUAAAGUGUGACACUUGAGUAUUAUACAAUAUUUUCCUAUAAAAUUGUAAGUUUUUUUAUCUGUAAGGGAAUUGUAGUGACACUUAGCAGUUGAGAGUAGCUGUUGGGGUUAUUUUUUAUUUAAAAUAAGAACAUUUCAUAAGUAAAUUAUAAAA